GCCACAAUACGCCACAAUAGAGUGCAGUGGUUGUUCCUGAAUGGAAAAAUCCGAGAUAUAUAAGUUGUUAAGUUAGACUCCUAAUGCAUACUAGGUCCUGCAAGUUUCAUUUCCCUGUGAAAGCUCCUCUGGCAGUGAGGGUGUUGCGAAGUUGCGACAUCUGAAGACCGUGAAGACUGCAGAAGUUCACUUAUGACGCCAAAGACAUUGAAAAGGCAGGGGAAUGCAGGCUCCACUCAUCAAAAAGGAGAAGGAUGCAGAUGAAGACGAUGAGGUUGUUUCAGAGUUGCCGGUUUUCCUGUCCAAGGGUCUGCAGGACAAGCUCUGGGUUCUGCAGUACCCAGUGCGGCCGGCACACAUGACAUACGACCACGCCCACUUCCUAGAGGCUCAGCUGAAGCCGACGCAGCACCAGCUGCAGCUCUCGCUGGAAGUGGACACCAACAGCUCCAGCUACGACUCCAGCAAGGGCGAACAAAUUGCCCUCAACGUGGAUGGAAGCCGGCUGACGCGCGACCAAAACGACCUCUACUACUCCAGCUCCGUGAUGGACCGACAGAAGCUGCGCUCCACUCUCGUCACGCCCAGCUCGCGCCGCUACUGUGUCGGCGUUGUAUCAGAUGGAGAGCUACACCUCUCUCCAGUGGACGCAGUAGUGGCGCUCCGACCCAGCUUUGACUACCUGGACCGGGGAGAUAAGAAGGGACGACAGGAGGCCAGGGAACUAGGAGAAGACGUCUCUGGUGACGAGGACGAGCCGGACGCGCCCAGCCAGGAGCGUGUCACCGUCAAAUUCGCCCGACCAGAGUCGGACAAAGCCAAACAGGCGCGAGAAAAGUCCUACCACUACCUGAAGAAGCGGCAGGAUGAGUUGCCCUGGCUGCCGACCACCGUUCAUAAGCGCAACAGCGCUAGUAGUGAGUCUGAGUGGCAGAAGCUGCUCUGCACGCGCACCGAGGACCUCUCUCUAUCCGCCACGGUCGACCUGAACACCUACCGACACCGGCUGCUGCCGGAGCCGGAGCCGGAGGAUGCCACCUCCUCCGGGAGCCGGGACGAGCUCCGGAUGGCGCUCCGGGCUCUCCGGACGCUGCCGCUGGCCGACCAGAUCCGGGCGCUGAUGAUCAGAUUGAAGAUCAGCCAGUUUAGCUCUCUGCUACCCCUCCUGCCCCGCGCCACGCCGGCGGCAGACGUGGCGCGCGUGCUCCAGCAGACCGCACAGCUGGUGCGCGGUCUGUGGGUUGUCAGGAGCGAUGUGCUAUAUCCCAAAGGCAGCCAGGCGCCGCGCACCGGAGUGUCGGGGGAACUGCUGGCACGCGCACGGGACUGGAUGCUGUACCAGUUCACGCAGAAGUCGUUCCUGAGCCGCUCGGAGCUGGCAGAGGCCACCCGGCUGCCCAAUGAUGACGUCACAGAGCUGCUGCAGCAGGUGGCCGAGCUGGUGGCUGACCGCGGCUGGCGACUCAGGCUCAAACCCGACCCGCAGCACGAGCGCAGCUACCCGGAGAUCGCCCAGCGCCAGCACAUGCUGUGGGAGGCCAAGCACCAGCAGCUGAUGAAGGCCUUCAAGGAGGGGGGAGCGGGCGGCAGUCCGUCCAAGAGCCGCCGACGUCGCCAGCGCUCCCACCGUGACUCUGUCAGCGCCUCGUCUGAUAACGAAUCCUCCGGGGAGGGAGGAUCGCGGGGCAAACACCGGCGCGCCUCCGGCUCCGCUACCGGGACGGUCAAGGUUAAGGUGGAGCCGCCAGAGAGCAAGAGCUAGCCGUGCGGAGUGGGGGUAGAGGAGAGAAACUGUGGGAGAUAAGACAGUGGAUACACUCGUUGUCGUUGUCAAGGACUCGUCGGUGGGAUGUUACAUGUGUAACGUUAGUUGCUGCCAGGGUCAAGAUUCUUACAGAUUCUUACAGGCCAGGGUGACCUCACCUGGCGUGACGUGCCCAGGCUGUAACGUCACUUCCCGCUAAUGUGACGUCAUUCACUGCCUUGUAACGUCACUGUCCAUCGGUCCAACGUCACCCAUUCUUGGUGUGAUGUCCCUCCCUCAUUCGUCCGCUGGUGUGACGUCAUUCGUUGCUAGUGUCUCCAAACGCACCUUCGUUACGGGAGCAGUGUUGGGUGUGAUACACUGAAGGAGGGCCAUCAUUUGAUAGCGAUGCUGCCUCGGCUAGGGACAGUAUGCGCCAGGAAGUGAUCCAGGGAGGUCACCAGGCUUACAAGUCGUGUUUAUAACGGCUGUUUGUCGUGACCCUUUCAACCGGAACAGUGAUCAGAACCGUCGCUCAGGACGUCAACGGUGUGACGUUUUUGGAUGCAGCUUGUGUUCGAGAUGGGUGGUGUAACGGUGUUUGACUUUUGAGUGCAGGUUAUUGAGAUGCAGUGUCUGCCAAUGUUUCGGUCGGGUUACACCGUUAACCACGUGAUGAGGCUGGGAGUGACUGGAAACCAUGCUAAAGGAGCAGUUCAAUAGCUAUUGUUCUCAGUGGCCAUUGUUAUGUUGUGGCUCAAGGCAUUUGAAAGUGUUUCAGAGAGCAAAUAUACAAAGUUGGAACCGUC